UUUCGCACACCACCACUGUGAUCACCAUCACAAGAUGUUUAGUCGAAUGAAUAUGUUCAGAACGUAUCGUCCCAGGUUUCUAACCAGGUGGCUCUCAUCAAAUGGUCCACAUCCCCUACCACCAAAUCCCCGGAUUAACUUGAGGCCUAAACCCCUUCAACUCCCGACAAUCUUUGGUCUUAUCGUGUUUUCAUCAACCUUCACUAUGGGCUACUAUCUGGCCUACCAGCUCGGAGAUUUUUUCCUCUCCGACGAGACCUCCAGAAGCAUCUUCCUCCCUCUCUGGAUUAACUUCAACUAUUUCUUCAAAAGCUCCUACAGCGAGUCCAACCUCAAGUACUUGGAUAUAGAGAACUUUUCGUUUGACACUCAGUCAGUUAAUAAGCGAAUCAAAUUCAAAAUCCUAAAUUUGCUCGUCAACAACAAGACUAUUGCAUUUAGACAUCUUUUACAUUGGGCCAAUGUCGAGCUCGUCAAUCACAACACAAGUUAUCGAUUCCAGGUUAACUGCCCCAGCAUCUCAGGUCUCAAGUUUGUGGCCACUAAACCCAUUGACAACUGCAGCAUCACUGAGUUGGAAGUCACCACCAACUGGGCCAUAAAACUCAUCAAUCUCCGGUUUUUCUUACUCAACCAACCUACUUUACAAUUUACGGAUAUCUCAUAUCUGUUUGUAGGAGAGUAUGACGUGUUCGAGGAUACGCAUGUGGGUAAAGUCAAGGUGGAUGGGAUUGUUGAGAACAACGACAUCAAGUUCCGGAACGUACUGUUGGUUCUCCACAAAAAUAAUCAGGAAAUCGAAUAUAAGGUGAUAUGAGAUAGAUGCCGGUCACGUGCUCGGCGCUGUGGGGCCGCGGGUCUCCGCGGUUUUCUCCAAUACAUACAAAACUACAAAACCU